CCGCAGAAAUCCAGACAUGUGGAGUAAACCCAUGCGGACAAAUUAGAAUUAUCUUGUAGUACGGUGUCGUUAUCUUCUCAACAAAUCUGUUAUAUCGUAUUGUGUAUAACUUUUUUCUUUUUCUAAAUUUAAACUAGUUUUACAUCAAAAUGGCGAAAUCUAAAUUUAAGCCGAGGAAUACUGAAAAGGAGAAUAAACCCGCCGAAUUCAAAGUAAAGGACAAAAUCUCGAAGAAGCGACGACCAGUGAAGAAAUCUGAGCAGAGCUUGAAUAUCAAGGCGAGGAAAGCUUUCGGUUCAGGAGAGAUAGAUGCUGCAGAACAGGCUCGUAAGAAGGAUCAGGAUGGAAGAACUUUAUACGUCAGGUUCAUUGGGGAACAACUACCUACGUCACAAGAUGAAAUAAAGGAAUUGCAUUCUGAUAUAAAGUUUGUACGUACACCUCGAACAGCAGGGAAGAAGAAAGAUGAUCAGAAAUUAUACAAAUAUGCCUUCCUUGAGUUUUCUAACGAGGAGGAGUGUAUCAAAGCCAAGAAUAAGCUUGCAACUACAAGGUUCAAAGGUUCGGAACUUUUCCUUGACUUUGUCGGCGAGAAAUCCCGCAGUUACAAGAAGGAAGAGAAAGCUCAGAAGUUAAAUCCAUGUCGAUUGUUCGUCUGUGGGUUAGCUCCUGGUGUAACUAAGGGUGCGCUGAAAGAAAUGUUCCCUAAAUGCUCCCACGCUGAGAUACCGAGCCAGUCUGCUAAGAAAGGGACACCCUUCGGCUUUGUGCAGUUUUCUUCAGCAGGAGAUGCUAAGUCUGCGUUUGAUGCUGCUCAAAACCUGGACAUUGCUGGACACAAGAUCACUGUCUUGUAUGCCAAGGUUUCUGAGGAUAAGGACAAGAUCAUUGAGCAUAAAGCCAAGAAGAGGAAAGCGGCAGACAAGAAGAAGGCUGAGAAGAAAAAGGCGAAGAUAGCUGAUACAGCUGAAACUGCUGCACAAGCUUCUGAUUCAGAUGACGACGAGGAUGAGGAUGAAGAGGAUAAAGAAGAACAAGAGGAAGUUAAAUUCAAUCCUAAGAAGAAAGGUUCUGCUGCUCCUGUUGCGGAUGCAGAGGCAGACACCGAAGAAGAGGAUGAUGAAAAUGAUGAUGAUGAAAAUGAUGAUGAUGAAAAUGAUGAUGAUAACGAUGAAGAUGAUAACGAUGAAGAUGAUGAUGAUGAUGAUGAAUUUGAAGAUGCUGAGAAUACUCUUGGAGAUGAUGCCGCUGGCGAUGAUGACGACGACGACGAUGAUGACGAUGAUGAUGAAUAAGAUCAAUCCACUAAUUUCUCCAUUCGUAUUCUGUACCUGUACUUAUUUGUUUGAAUUUUCAUUUAUUUGCCUUGUUAAUAAUUUGAUUAUUUUCAGAA